UUGAACAUAGACAAAAAAAGAGAAGAAUUUACUUGGGAAGAUUUAUAGCGGACUUGAUGUGAUUUUAGUGUAAAAAGAGUAUCCAUAAAUGUGAUAAUAUAUAAAUAUCCAUUAUUAACAUACGUAUCAGAUAUAUACAUAGGUUUUUUAAAACAUCAUAGUGAAGUUUUGCAAUUGUGAAGAUGUCCUCAGGAAGGCCCAUUAAAUGCGUGGUAGUGGGUGAUGGAACUGUUGGAAAGACUUGUAUGUUAAUUUCUUACACUACAGACAGUUUUCCUGGUGAAUACGUCCCAACAGUUUUUGAUAACUAUUCAGCACCGAUGGUUGUUGAUGGAGUGGCAGUAUCUUUAGGCCUUUGGGAUACAGCGGGGCAAGAAGAUUACGACAGAUUGCGACCACUCAGCUAUCCACAAACUGAUGUGUUCCUAAUAUGCUUCAGUGUGACUAGCCCAUCUUCUUAUGAGAAUGUGACUUCAAAGUGGUAUCCAGAAAUAAAACAUCAUUGUCCUGAUGCCCCAAUAAUUUUGGUUGGUACUAAAAUAGAUUUGAGGGAUGACCGAGAGACAUUAAGCUUAUUGUCUGAACAAGGAAUGUCGCCAUUAAAAAGGGAACAAGGCCAAAAAUUAGCUAAUAAAGUCAGAGCUGUAAAGUACAUGGAAUGCUCUGCAUUAACACAACGUGGCUUAAAACAGGUAUUUGAUGAGGCAGUUCGAGCUGUAUUAAGGCCAGAGCCUCAGAAAAGACAUCAACGAAAAUGUUUAAUUAUGUAAAUAUUAAUGCACAAAGACAAGAUAGUGUUGCAUUUACAUAUGCAGGAAUCUCAAGGCAACAGUAAUAAUAUGUUUCUAAACCAACACGGUAAAGCUUUAUAAAUAUCAUUAUUAUCUUUGUAAUUUUUGUAAUAGGCACUCUAGGCAGAAUCUUCUGCACUAGCUUAGCAUUGACCAAAUGAAUGUCAAUAAUUAUAAUUUGAUUGCUGCAAUGUAUCAAUGUGUUUUCAAUUUUUGAAUUCACAUGUUUUUUAAUUUGACAAUGACUGUAAAAGAAAAUAUAAUGCGAAAAGCGACACACAUCUGUGAAGAAAUUAAAAAUUUGACUAAAAAUAAAUCAAAUUUCAAUUCAAAUGUCAAUAGGACCAACUCACACUGGACCUGUGGUUGACUGACAGCCUGAUUGCGCUGUACAUAGUAGGCUCUAGUAGCUCAGUUAGGUCAUAUUAUAUAAUUUAAAUAAGACACAUUUAAAGGGAUUAAAACACGUGUAGAUGUUACUGUGUUUUUUACUCUUGUCAACCACAGUCUCCCUGAAAAAGUGCUCAGAAAAGGUCACGAAACGUCAACUGUAAAAUAUAACUUUUACGGAAAAACUAAUGUAGAAUUACACAUCCUUUAAAAAAGUGUUUUAAUUAAAUUUGUAACACUCGCGUUAAUCAAAGAAAAUACCAUAUUAGAUGAGCCGAUGAUGACAUUCCUUAGUGUGCAGUGCCUAAUUAUACCUUCAGACUUUCUUAUUUUAUUUAAUAUUUAUGUGCCAUAUAAUUUUUCAAAUUUACAAUGUGAUCAUCACAAUUUAAUAUUAUGUAUUUUGCUUCUUAAUAAGAUAUGCCAAAGAUUUUAUAGAUGUAAGUUUUGAUAAUAAUUAGUAGACAAUGUAUAUUGAAGUUUUAAUGGUUGGAAACAAAUUGUUACUGUUAUGAUAUAUUGAGUGACAAUGUUAUUUUUUAUAUAACACAAAUGAACCUCAGUGAUAUGCAAGUUUUUUCGAUUAUAAUAGUAUUAAUUGUAUAACUGACUGAAUAUAGAAGCUAGUUAAUAAUUGUGCUAAUAUACUCAAUAUUGUCUUUUUAAUACAGAGUUGAAUGUAAUGAGUUGUCGAGCAUUUACUGUGAAAGAUGGAAGAUUGGUAGUGGCAUUUACUAAGAAAUAACGAAUUUUUACAAUGAAUAUAAUUUUGAAUUUGCGUUGUUACGCAAUAAUUUUAUCAUACUUGGACACGGACGAGUAAAAAAAGAAGGACUCCGCGCCGUGAUAUUAGCAAGUGAAGCACCGUUAUGGUAGUGUGUGUGCGGUUACGGGUGAUACUAGUUACACAAUUUUUUCUCCCUUAAAUAAUCAUAUAUGGCCACAAAUACUUAUAUAGUAUCGUUUUUACACUUUUGAGCAACGCACGACGGUAUUUUUAAAAUAUUUUAUUUAGACGCAAACUGAUCUGUCACAGACGAUGACAAUUCUCAUAAUGGCCGCCUAUCGGCCUGUAGUAGUGUAUGUGUGUGCGUGGGGCUAUGUAUUUACACAUUAAUCGGCUUGUUUUGGAGCUACACUGUUAUGAAAGGUGACACAGAGUCCUUAUUUUUUUACAAGUCCGUGUACUUGGAUUGAUAUUAGUAUUAAACAUUUCUUUGUAAUUUAUUAUAAUAUUGUCUAUUCAAAUUUUUUUAAUUUAAUCAUGUUUUUUUUUUAGUGUCUCAUCGGGCAUAUUUUGAUUACUUAUGUUGUGUGUUUUGUAGUGAUUUAUUUGGCUGAAUAUUUUUGUAUAUGAGAGCUUGAAAGUUAUUAUUAAAAUGCAAAUGUGCGUACGUAAUGUCAUGUACUCCAAUAAUUAUAUAAUUAUAAAAUAUAUUUAUAGACCGCUUUAAUUUUACAGGCAAUGCUUCAAUUAUAUUUGUAUAUACUUAACAUCAAUAAUUUUAUUUAUACAAUAAGGACAAAUGCGCAAUCUAAUAAUAUAAACUUAUUGUAACAGCACUUUAUAAAUUAUUGAAAGUAA